GCCUUGUGCGCGAAGGUAAAUCAGUUCCAAGUCCACGUUAUUUUUUCGCUGCUCUGGUUUGAGGAUUCUCCUCUUCCUCUUCUUCCCCUCUUCACUUUCUGCCAAAAUUUUUUUUCUCCCCUCUCUCUUUCAAUUUCAUGGCCGGGCGCUACGAUCCCAAUCCCUUCGAGGAAGAGGAGGUUAAUCCCUUCGCGAAUGGAAGUACUUUUCCCCCUGCAUCUAAUUCUAGACCAUCUCUUACCCCGGAAUCGGCUGGUUUUUUCAAUGAUCGUGGUGCAACAGUUGAUAUACCCCUUGAUUCGACUAAGGAUUUAAGAAAGAAAGAGAAAGAACUUCAAGCCAAGGAAGCAGACUUGAGGAAGAGGGAACAGGAAGUAAAACGAAAGGAAGAUGCUGCGGCUCGGGCUGGAGUGGUACUUGAAGAGAAGAAUUGGCCACCAUUUUUUCCCAUUAUCCAUCAUGACAUCGCAAAAGAAAUACCUGUUCACGUUCAAAGAAUGCAAUACCUGGCAUUUGCUUCCUUGUUAGGAUUGACAGCAUGUCUGUUUUGGAAUUUCAUAGCCGUUACAGCUGCUUGGAUCAAGGUUGAAAACGUGAAAAUUUGGUUGCUUGCCAUUAUCUACUUUAUUUCGGGGGUCCCUGGAGCUUAUGUACUAUGGUAUCGCCCUCUUUAUAAUGCCAUGAGAACUGACAGUGCUCUGAAGUUUGGAUGGUUUUUCCUAUUUUACAUGCUUCACAUCGUAUUCUGCGUUUUUUCUGCUGUUGCUCCCCCUAUCAUUUUCAAGGGAAAGUCACUAAC